AUGAGAGACAAGCACGAUAUCAACCACUCUGAGGAUGCCCUUGGCGGCAUGGACACCGGACGCCGCGGCAAGAGGAAGACUUGCAUGAGGCACUGCGCGAAGUUCUGGUGGGCGUACCUGAUUGCCUUCAUCUGCUUUGUCGUUCUCAUCGUUUGCUUGAUCAUCUUCGUUGCAGUUCCCAAGAUUGCCCAACACAAGCUGGAUGAGGCCGAACUCACCGUUGACGGCAUUACCCUAUCUAACACAAAGUCCAACUCAUACACCAUGUCGAUCAACUCGACAUUGAGGUCGGAUGGCAAAGUCAGCGCUACGAUCGAGCCCUUCGAGGGUGCCAUGUACCUGGAGGAUCUGGAGCCGCACACCCCCUUCGUCACCAUCAACUUCCCCGAAACGAAAUCCGUCAAGAUGCAGACCGUCAACGUCAGCCAACCGAUCCAGAUUGCAGACAUGGCGGCUUUCACCACAUUCAACACUUGGUUCCAGGCCAACGAGUCCGUCAGAGUGACCAUCAGGGGCGACACCCACGUCAAGGUCUCUGGAAUCAGCAAGAGAUACCCCGUCACAUUCAAAAACACCGUCACCUUGAAGGCCCUCCAUGAAUUCUCAGGCCUCAACGUGACGGAAAGCGAGAUCUCUCUCACCCCCGAUGCCCGAGGUGACAACUUCCACGGCAAAGUGACAAUCCCCAACCAUUCUGUCAUCACCCUCGAGAUUGGCAACGCCUCAUUCUCCAAUAUCCUCAACAAUGGAAACAUCGGCACCGUCUUCAUCGACAACCUGGUGCUUCACCCGGGUAACAACGACGUCGAAAUGCGCGCCAACAUCUCGCAGGCGCCCGUUCUGACUGCUCUUGGCAAGCGUCCCGCCUGCGAGAGCGGCGUGAUCGCAUUCGGGCUCCAGGGCAAGGACGUGGUCAAUGGCGGUGAGAGGUUGUCGUACUUCGCCGACGCGCUGGCUGCCGGUACGGUUGCCACUGACAUCAACGUGGGCGGUGCCCUCAAGAAGAUCGGACUCAACAUUCCUUGUAGCUAG